AUGGUUUCCGAGCCUGAGCGAAUACCGGCCACCUCCUUGGUGACGACAAACCCAGACAAGAAAAUCAAUCAGUACGUACAACGAAGGGUGCUUCACACGAAACAUGGAAGUUCAACGAUAGUGCUGCUCUGUCGGGACAGUAAUGUAGAAGGCCGUGAUGUGGUUGUAAAAGCCGUCAAGCGACUUAGCAUUCAGGACAAAUCCAAGAUGUUCAAGAAGAGCUACGUGGCAGUUCGAAGGAACGACCCUCCCAGCUCUGAGCAGAACGUCCAGAAGGAGAUAUCCAUUCUCAGAUCAUGCCGCCAUGCAAGUCACGUCCAGUUGCUGGAGGUCAUCGACGACCCCUCGCAGGAUUCUGUUUUCAUAGCCAUGGAGUAUCUUUGUGGUGGCCAGAUCCAGUGGGAAUGUCAGGGAAAGCCAACGUUGACCAUUGAACAAAGCCGCCGAAUUGUUCGGGACGUCGUCCUAGGGUUGGAAUAUCUCCACUACCACGGUAUCAUUCACAGGGAUAUCAAGCCUGCGAAUUUGGUCUGGUCGCAGGAUCGAUCAUACGUAAAAAUUAUCGACUACGGUAUUUCGCACUACAGCAACAACUUUAUCCAAGUUUCUCGCCCUCACACGAGGGCGCAAUUGGAUCCCUUGAGGAACUGUGCAUAUUUCAAAGAUCAAGACCUCUUGAAAAUGCGUGGGACGGGAUUCUUCUAUGCACCAGAGGUAAUUUGGCUGCCCAAAGAUACCCCUUCUCCGACCACGCCUUCCGACACUAUAGAAUCGUGUUCGGCGACUCCAACAACUCGACCACCUGUAACCAAAAGUGUCGAUGUCUGGUGUCUCGCUGUGACGUUGUAUUGCUUCCUCUUUGGCCACUUUCCUUUCCAUCCUGUCAGGAAGCGGCACCCAUCCCAUAAUCAAUUCGCGCUGAAUAAGCUCAUUCUUGAUAGUGAUUGGGACGUUGACGAAACAAUGGGUGCUGAUGUGGUGCCCACAGGUGGUAGACACCAUCCCCCUCACACCGCAAGCGUAAUCGGUCUCCUUGAUCAAAUGCUGCAGAAAGAUCCAAGGAAGAGGAUCAGCAUUUUGGAAUUAAAACGACACCCUUGGAUCCUGCAAGGAAUAGAAGACGUAGACGGCUGGACUUGGAAUACCUCUCCAUCUACGUAUUAUAUGCAUCCCAGUUACCGAUGGCUUAGACAGCUUCUGUACAGACUAUUUUCACACACUUAUGGGUGGUAG